UAUAGCCCAUCUUUUACUUUCUGGCUGUGGUAACUAAUGGAAACUAUCUUCCGUGUCUGGCAGUUAUUUGUUUUUGCGAGCGUUUUACGACGGGGAGACGUCAUCCAAUAGCGACAAGCUCAGAAACCAUUUACGGCAGAAGUUUUACCAACGUUUAGUCCGAAAUAGUUAGUAGCACAUGUUGCGUUCUUUGAUAGUUUUAGGCUGAUUAAAUGCCGAAGAAAUUGUAAUUACUGUACUACAUAUUGAAGUAUUGGGAUUUACAUGGGUCUGACGACGUACCGAGAAGGCUUCUAAAGGCAAAUUGGACGUUCAUCGUUUCACUCAACAGAAUUACAUCAGCAUGCAAUGAGAAGUAGAAACUAAUUAGCCCACCCAAAAUCAUGAAUCCAAUACUUAGACAGAGAAUCCCUCCAUCUGUGCGGAAGUUGUUGACUGACAUUGGACCAAGGGAUGAGCACCACUGCAGUGAAUGGACUGACACAGAGCCUGAGACUGUCACUAGAGAUGGAAUUGAGCUUCCUGCCAGAGGAACCACCAAUAGCAGUGGAUUUCUGACACCAGCUACUGGGAAAGAGGAUGGAGAUGCAGACCAUAUAGAUGCCACAACACAAAGCAAAGUGUGUGGGCUGUGCUUAUGCAAACCUUCUUACUACACCUGUCCACGAUGCAAUGUACCUUACUGUGGCCUGGAAUGCUACCGGAGUACAAAUCAUUCUGUGUGCUCAGAGGAAUUUUAUAAGGAGUCUGUGUUACAGGAGCUGAAAGAUAUUGGAGAAACAGAGUGUGAGGGGAGGAAGAAGAUGCAGGAUAUUCUGCUAAGGCUGAGACAUAUGGCAGAUGGGGCAGAAGGAGGGAUGGAGGGUGUUUUAAAGACCGUUGAGGAGGAGAUGGGAGGUAGUGAGGAGACAAAGGAAAGAGCACAGGUUUUAGACCUCCUCUCCAAGUUAGCAGAGAUUCAAUCAUCUGGGGAAGGGAAUGUGGAGGAGAUUGAGGAGAUUUUAAACAAACUCAAAGAGUUAGGAGACAAGGAUGAAGAAGCAGGGCAGGUGGUUUCUGCAAAUGUUGGAGACGUCGAUGAGGGGGUUGAAGGCGCCGAGGAGCUAGACUUGGCUGACAGGCUCUCGGGGCUGGAUAUCGAUGCUCUCUCUGAGGAGGCAUUGUGGGACCUGUUGAGCAGCCAGGAGAAGGAGAAGUUUAGGAGUCUGGUGAAGGGUGGCGCUGUAGGAGCUCUGGUCCCCCUGUGGAGACCCUGGUGGGAGCAGCACGAGGAGGGGGAAAAAUCUCUGAUGGAGGUAUUGAAGGAGGAGAUGGGCGAGCCAGGAGAUGAUGCAGCAGGACAGGGAGGGAGCACGACAAGAGAAACAGUGAAGACAAAUAAAGGACAGGGGGGGAGUCUGCAGAAGGAAGAAGGGGCAGGUUUAUCCAGUUGUGAAAUAAGAGAGGCAGAAAGUCAAGUUGUGGUCAUUGCGGAUAAUGAAGUCAAGGAUUCUGGGAAAAGACUUGAGAGUGUGGGUAAAUCAGGGAAGGAGCAGGGACAGAGAAAGGGUAAGGGAAAAUACAGAAAAGAGGCGAGCAAGGCUAAGGGACCAAAAUCAACCCCUGGUGUGCCUCCAAUCAAUGUCAAAAUCCCACCUCUGAGCUCCUUGUCAUCCCAUCCAUCCCCUCUUGUUCGCCAUGGCUUGGUCGAUGCACUGUUUGGCUACACCUUCGCCCUACGCCUGUUCAAUGGUGACAUCGAGUCAAACGUAACUCAGGAGUUUUGUCAAAUGGUUCUCACUGUGUCCGAGGCCCUAAGCUCAGGCAGGGUGUUCAGCUCCCUUCAGGAGACCCUUGAGGGAGGGGAGGCAGCCAUUUUGGCCGGGGGCUACUUUGACCGAGAGGACCCCAGUUCCCCAGCCAGGGCUGUGGAGGCUGUGGCUCAUAUUCUGACUGGGAGAAGUAAGCAGGAUGUCGUUGGAUACUCCUUGGCAGCUUUGAGCCAACUCCGUAUGGUGCUAUCCCAAGCCAGGGCAGCUCUGCCCAAAGAGGGAGAUGAAGGGGACAUGAGAAAGAAGUAUUUCCUCGCGGGGAAGAAAUGUGAGUUCUUUCAAGCUUGGGUGUCUGACAAUGCCCAGGAGGUGAGAAGACUGGCUGCUGGGUUAUGGAGAGAGCACAGGAAGAGGGAGGAUGAGAGGAGUGCUUUGCAGAAGGAGAAGAGAAGAGUUGAAGAAAGCUGGAAGAAGGGAAGAGGGAAAGUGAAGGGUGUGUUGAUUGAAGAAAUAGAUUGAGAACAUUUUGGUAUUUUAUGACAGUUAAGUAAAUAUGAGUCUCUUUAUUAUCUUGUUUUCAGGGCAAGCCUGGUAUUUGUUUGUAUACCAUUUUGUAAAAAUGUAUUCUGACUGCAGUUACCAUUGAGACAUGUUUAUUGUUUUGUUUUUUAAUUACAAUUCAGCUAUGCAAUAAAGGUC